AUGGCGAGGGGAGCUUCGAAGGCUGCAGCGCGGGCGGUGUCGGCGCGGUCGAGGGCUGCAGCGUGGCCUGUGUCGGCGCGGUCGGGGGCUGCAGCGCGGCCGGUGUCAGAGCGGUCGGGGGCUGCAGGGCGGCCGGUGUUGGAGGGGUUGGGGGCUGCAGCGCGACCGGUGUUGGAGGGGUCGGGGGCUGCAGCGACUGCGCGUACUGCGUCUGGGGGCGGGGUGGUGCCGCUCGGUACCGGGAGUGCUGCGUCGCCGCAGCCGGCGGUAGGCGCGAUGGGGAGAUGUGCUUCUCCUAUUCUUCUCCGUCCACCGGGGAAGAUGUCAGCGAUUUGCGAGCGCAGAAGAUCUGGGUCCCGUCGACGUGAUGGUGGGGAAGCUAGAAGAAGUUUCGGCGAUGAUUUGUCUGGGAAUUUAAAUCGUACUGGUUCAUGUGAUUACGAUGCUGAUUUUGGGUUGUCACAUAUGGAUAGCUUUUCAUCUAGUGAUAAAGAAAAUGCAAAGCCAGGGAGGAAAAGUGUUUUGGAUGAUGCAUUGUUUCAGUUUUUUCGCAAAGAGGCUAUCAAAUCUCUCAAGAGGGACUUUUCCAAGUUCUGCGAAGAGUCUGUCUUAUUCUCUAAGAACAAACGGUUCAAAGAGCAUUCUAUUGGCAGAGAAUCAUUUACUUCAUAUUCCAUUAAGUACUUCUGUGACAUUUCGAAAUCAUUGACUUUUCGUCGUAAGGAGAUAAUUGUAAAUGAUUCCAAGAUUAUCUCAAUCUCCAAGGAUUCAGUUCAUUUUGUUACUGGUUUGCCAAACUCUGGGUCUGUCCCUAUGCCUGAUAGUGAUGGUGGUGCCAAGUUCAUUUUGAAAUUAUUUGGACUGUCGGAGAUGCCUCACAUCACUUUCUUUGGCAACAAGCUAAAGUCUCAAGAUGUUUUGACUGACACUGAAGUUUUUGUGUGCUUUAUGGUUAUUGCAUUCAAGUGUUUUCUGUUUCCUACAAGCAAUGAGCUCCCUAACACGGAUUACUUGUCUAUUCUCGAACAACCUGAAUCUGCAAGUUCUUUUGAUGUGUGUGCCCUUGUUUUUGAACAUCUUAUCUCUGGAGUAUAUAAAUACAACAAGUCUUGUAAAUUGAAAGGAAGGAAGCCAAAGGUUUUUGAGUUCUGCUACUAUUUUCUUGCCGUGUAUUAUCUUGAUUCUUUGGAUUUUGGGGCUAGAAUUAUUGAUCAAAGUGUUCCGAGGAUUUCUGUCUGGAAUGGUAAUCUGGUAAAAUUCUUCUCUGAUUUAGACCAUACAAAGAACAAUAUAUUUGGGAAGAGACAUCUGAGGAAAAACCUAUCGUCUUGCUAUACUGAGGGUGAGCUGCAAGAUGUUUCGAAAUGUGUUAAGGAUGCUCCCGGCAUGUGUUCCGAAAUAUCUUGUUUUUCUUUGGCUUUCAAGAACAGCUUGCACUUGACAUUUGGUAGUACACUUGAGGGCAAGAUUAUAGAUGGCAUAAUCGAUUCAUUUCAAUCUGCAAUUACUUCGAAACAUCCUCCCGUAUGCAAAUCUGAGGGCGCUGCAUCUCUAGACAGCAACAAGCAAAUCAGUUCGGAAGCUAAGUUGGACAUAGCAAGCAAUCUGGGUUUCAUUAACCAAAAGGAAUUCUUGCAAACAAUAGGAUGCAAUUCAGUGAAGAACAAUUUUAUUGAAAUUUUUGGUAACUCUCUUUUCCCUUUGUUGUAG